AUUCAUGACAACAAUUUCAAGACUAAACUAUGAUCUCAAUUUGACAGGUGUAAAAAAAUAAAAUACAUUAUUAAAAAAAAAAUUGGCUCCUUUAUUUCAAAAUUUACUCUUAAAAAAAUAAAAAUAAAAUCAAAAAUGUCAACAACGUCACAGUUAGUAUUACACCACAGAUCGGAUUCACGCCUCCAAGAAGAUUCUUUGGAUCAAGAGAUAUUUGAACAGUACAAACAAAUAGAUUCUCAAACAAGCAACGUCACUGUUAAUGCAAGUUUGUCGAUGAAAGACACAAUAUCCUCAAGAACUGAUGAUGGAAGGAGAUCGUUUAUGCAAAGUUUAGGCUCAUCAUUGAUGGAUAGCUGUGGAAGGAUCAGCCUAGGAAAUAUCGUCGAAUUAAAACGAGUCGAUAAGCCGAUUUUAACUGAAGCACAGGUAGCCAUCGCACAAGGAGAGGAACCGAGGAAGAGGCAAUACUUACCGACUAUACAUGCAAGGGGGACGUUUUACGAUGUUGGAUACGCAAUUGGAAGGACGUUCCGCGCAGCAAUUGCUGACUCCGUCAACCGGAAGUUUGCAUUUAAUGAUAAAACACUUUUGUAUUCUGAAUCCCGACAGGGGAAGGAACUCUACAACAAACUAUUGGCCAAUUGCCUGCAUCAUUACCCUCAGUAUAUAAGAGAGCUGAGAGGAAUGGCUGACGGUUCAGGGAUCAGCUUUAGCAAAUUAUUUGUACUCCAAGUUGGAUCUGAUAUAAUGUCAUAUUCAAGAGGGCAUGCUGAUUUUAAAAACAUCACAUCCAGCACAACUCUCGUUCUUAAUACUAAACAUCAAAUAAUGGGCCAAGUUGAGGAUCAGCCAGCUUCUUCUCUAGGUAAUGCCUUCAUAGUCAGGGCUUCGAUAAAUGAAGACAAUCAUUACAAAGAGGAAUUUACUGCUGUCUGCGUUGCUGGAAGUCUACCAGGUUGGGAAAUGGCGGUCAACUAUCACGGGCUUGCUUUCACAGUCAACAGCAUAAGAAUAAGAAAUUUCAAUUUAAACGGCAUCCCGAAGAGAAUAAUCUGCCGGGCGCUUUUGGCCGCCCAUUCUAUUGAGAAAGCCAAAAUGAUUCUUUAUGGCAGCGGAUUCGGCAUAGCAGAUGCAAUAAACGUAACCUGUACUUUUGCAAAUGACACGAAAGAAAGGAUAUUCUACAGCAUUGAAGUCGCACCUCCGACUCACGAUACGACGUACUCGCAAUUAAGCAUAGAAGUUAUUAAACCUGGUACUACAUUUUCGCAUUACAAUGGGUUCAAGCAUCUGAAACAAUGGCUGCCAAAUGAAGAUCUUGAUUUUGUAAAUUGGAACCGGCAUAAAGAGCAAACAAUAGAAAGAUAUCCUAUGUCUAAUGUAAAUGACAUAAAGAACAUUCUGGGAGAUACAGGAAACUGCCGGCCAUUUAAGAACAUAUUUUCAGUAGCUGAUCAAGUCUUUAGUUCAGUCGUUGUCGGGAUAUUUGACCUCCGAGCAAGAACUCUCACAAUUUACUUAGACAAUCCAAAACAGGCAAUACCACAUGCAGUAAUAAAUUUUUAAAACCAUUUUA